AUGACGAUCAGUAUCGCUUCGUCGGCGCAAUGGCGCCAAAUUCUGAGCUCCCACGCCAUUGUCAUUGCUGACUUCUACGCCGACUGGUGCGGCCCCUGCAAGAUGAUCGCCCCGACCUUCGAAUCCCUCUCAACCAAGUACUCCAAGCCCAACAAGAUCGCCUUCUGCAAGGUCAACGUCGACAGCCAGCAGGACGUCGCCCAGCAGCACGGCGUGCGCGCCAUGCCGACCUUCCUCGUGCUGCGCAACGGGACUGUCAUUGAGACCAUCCAGGGCGCCAACCCCCCCGCCCUGACAGCCGCCGUCGAGAAGGCGGUCAAGCUCGCGGUCCCUGGCGGGAACUCGACGUUCUCAGGCGCAGGGCAGAGGCUUGGUGGUAGCGGAGUUGGCACGCGGAGGACGACGGUUGGGAGGUCUGCUGGGUGGGAUUUGAAAGGGUUUUUGGAGGCCGUGGUUGCCUUCUUUGGGCUGUAUUUCUAUUCCUUUUUCUCGCUCGAUCCCUACAAGGCGGCCGAGAACUCGCCAUUCAACAGGAACAACCCUCCGCCGAGGGUACAGCCGGGGAGUGGAGCGAAACCAGCGGCCCGUCCUGGGUUCAAGACGCUGGCUGACUUGGGCAGCUCAUGA